AUGGCACAGAAAGACGAGAAGAAAGAAGUCACUUUUGUAGAUGAUGAAACACUUAAUCCUGCUAUUGAAAAAAUGUUAGAGGGUAAAACUGAGGAAGGAGAAACUGUUGAGGUUAUCAUUACCACUAAGGGAUAUGAAAAUAGAAAAGAUCCUAAAAUGACAGUUGAAGUUGCUUUUCCAAACAGAAUUAGAAUGAAUCAUAAGAUGUGUGUAAUUGGUGAUGAGAAUGCUAAAGUUAAAGCUGAAGAGGCUGGAUUGCCAUUUGCUUUAAUGAGUGAGUAUGAGGGAAAGACACCAGAGAUGGUUAAGAAGAGAGAAAAGUUUAUUAGACAACAUGGAACCUUUAUUUGCUGUCCUGGAUCAGUUAAAGUGUUUCCCUUAAAGGAAAUAUUGAUGAAAAAGAAAACUACCUUCACUUGUCAAAAUGUAGAUCAAUUCUCAACACUUUAUGAAAGGUUAUUGAAAACAUACAAGUUGAGAGUUAAAGACUGGUAUUCAGUAGCAUUUCCAGCUGGUCACACAGGAUUAACUAAUGAUCAAAUUAAAGAUAAUUUGAAAGAAAGCAUUCAAUUUAUUUCAGGUAAAUUUAAGAAAGGUGCUGCUAAUAUUAAACAUUGUUUUAUUAAAAGAGCACAUGGUGAAACUGUAAAACUUUAUUAA